AUGUCCGAACUAGGCGUGUCGUUCGCUCUCGGAAGUCUCUACAACACCGCCGACCCGUGCAAGCUCCCCGUCAUCACGGGGUCGUCCGCCGAGGAUUUCUCCGAAUGGGCUUCGGAAUGGACAAGCUGGCAGGCUCAACAUGUUUCCGAGUUUCGAGUUCUUUGGAAGUCUUGUAGUGAUGAACCUUAUAUCACGGAUCUUGUGCCCGUUGGACCCGAUGCGUGCAGUACUCUCAAGGCUAAGAUCACGGGAACCUCUGUUGCGGAUGAUGAUGGUGGGGACGAAAAGGUGGCAUCAACAACAUCUGACACUAAGCCUGAAGAGACAGAUGAUGGUAAGCCUGAGGAUGUUCAAGACUCUUCAGCCUCGCAUUCAACGGGCUCUCUUCUUGCUUUUCUCAUUGCUGCCUAUGUAUUCGGUGUUGCUGCGUAA